AUGCGCACCUCCCUCCCCCUCAUUGGGGCCGUCCUCUCCGCCCUCCUCACCCCCAUCCACUCCCUCUACUUCUACAUCGACGGCACAACAGAAAAAUGUUUCUUCGAGGAAUUACCCAAAGAUACCUUAGUUGUAGGCCAUUAUACAGCCGAGGAAUAUGACGAAGGGAAAAGGGAAUGGAGUAAACACGAUGGGCUGAAUAUUUAUAUUUCCGUGGAUGAAGUCUUCGACAACGACCACCGCGUCGUCUUCCAAACCGGCUCUUCAUCCGGCCGCUUCACCUUCACAGCCGCCGACUCUGGCGACCACAAAAUCUGCUUCACCCCCAGCUCUACCUCCGGCUCUAGCAAUUGGCUUAGCGCCCUGCACCCCCAAGGCGGCAUCAAACUCACGCUCGAUUUAGCCAUUGGAGAAACGAGCCAGAUCGAAAGCGACGACAAGGGGAAAAUCAACGACAUUGUGCAGAAGGUAAAGGAUUUGAAUGGGAGAUUACAGGAUAUUAGGAGGGAACAGGUUUUUCAACGGGAACGCGAAGCCGAAUUCCGCGACCAAUCCGAAUCCACCAACGCCCGCGUCGUCCGCUGGACCCUCAUCCAACUCGUCGUCCUGGGAAUCACUUGUGCAUGGCAACUCUCUCACCUGCGAUCCUUUUUUAUCAAGCAGAAAUUGACUUAA